GCGGUUCUUGAGUUGCCCUUUCUCUUGACGUGGAUUUGUUGUAUCAGGAGUGUUCCUGAGUGGUAUACGUAAAGGUUAACUGAAAGUUUUGUACACUUUCCCUAGUUUUUUUACAUUAGAGAGGAUUUAUACACUUAACACAUAGGAACAGUCUUUUAUUUACACCAAGAUGGGAGGUUUUCAAUCGUUAUUUAAAAGUAUUUUCGGGAAGAAAGAAAUGAGAAUUUUGAUGGUUGGGUUGGAUGCUGCUGGAAAAACUACAAUUUUAUAUAAACUUAAAUUGGGAGAAAUUGUAACAACGAUCCCAACUAUAGGAUUUAAUGUUGAAACAGUUGAAUACAAAAAUAUAAGUUUUACCGUGUGGGAUGUCGGCGGUCAAGACAAAAUUCGUCCAUUGUGGAGGCAUUACUUCCAAAAUACACAGGGUCUUAUAUUUGUUGUCGAUUCCAAUGAUCGAGAACGUAUCGGAGAAGCGAAAGAGGAAUUAAACAGAAUGUUAAAUGAAGAUGAGCUAAGAGAAGCAGCACUACUUGUGUUCGCCAACAAACAGGAUUUACCAAAUGCAAUGAAUGCUGCUGAAGUAACUGAUAAGUUGGGGCUUCACAAUAUACGAAACCGAAGUUGGUACAUCCAAGCAACUUGUGCUACAAGCGGAGAUGGUCUAUAUGAAGGACUUGACUGGCUUUCAAAUGAACUAAAGAAGAGAAAGAACUAAUGGCUGGCGAUAUAUCAUAGGAAUUAACGAAAAAGAAAAUUACAUGCACAGUCGUGAAUGACGCUGCUUUUCACAUAACAUCAUAACUUGGCAAAUGGUUGUGAUUCGUAUGUAAUUCGAAUGUAUAUAAUCAUAGAUUGACCAAAGUGGUUUGAUACUGGUUUUCUUUUUAAGUUAUUUGCCAAUUAUGUAUGCUGAGGGUUAUAGAAUGAAGGAAUUAUAUGAUAAAUUUGUAGAUUAUUUUUUUGUGUUUUGAUGGUUGGCCAUUAUUAUGUGAAGGGCAGCAGUGCAGUUCUUUUAAUUUUUGGAUUUCUAUACUAACAGGUCUUUUAAGAUUACGUAACUUUUUACUUUAUAUUUUAGAGACAAAUAACAGGACUUAGUGUCGGCUAGUGUUGGCGAAAUUUUGCACAUUGCAUCUUUCUUUUCUAGCUUUUAUUUUUACAAAAUUCUCAAUCCAAUUCUCGUAUUCUUUAUUUAUAUAUUUUUAUGUUUUCAUUUUUUGAUGAAAUUAAGAAUAAAACUAAGUCGAAAAAAAACGCAUUUUCUUUCUCUGUCUCAACAUCCUUGACUUUUAUUUUUAUAGGACAAUUUCAUAGCUGUUUGUAGGCUAUGGAAAAAAUUUUCUUAUCCCCGAACUCUCUGCCUCAUUCGGCUAAGGAGAUGGCCUUUAUUCUACACGCAUUUUAUAGGUAUACUAAAUCUCUAACUUGUUUUCUUAUAAUGUAUACUUUUAUAACAGAAAAACUGUGUAAUCGGAGGAAUCGUUACACCUGUCACAUAAGGUUGUAGAUAACUGAUAGUUUUUAUUUUGCAAAAUAAUAGCGACAACGGUGAGCUCUUAGUAUAAUCUUGUCUGAGACAUUGGGGUUACCAGCAACAAAUGAUUCUUUCACCAAAUUUGGUUUAAAAUGCAAGCCAUAGUCUGUUCAUAUCCUUCCACAGCAAAUGUGCUAGCAAAAUUUUUAUCAUCAGUAGAACUACUCUGGGCAUCACUAAUAUACUUUCUGAAGGCUGAAAUACACGGUCAGUUUAAAAUGACUGGUGUUUUUCGUCAUUUUAAAGUGAUGGAACACCUGAAUACACGAGUCAUUUUAAAAUGAUAGAAUUUGUAAAUAAAAGUUCUUUACACUAUGGACUCUGAAGAGGAAUGUGCUGCAGCAGUUGUUAUAAUUGCCAUUCUUUCAAAAAGAAAAUAACGCAGAAGAAAUAGGUCUACUUGGGUGAAGCCAUGGCUCGGUAGAAGAACAGAACUUGGGGUAUAUAAUACUCUUUUACUCGAAAAAAAUUGAAAAUGUUUACUAUCUUCUAUACUCCUUCUGUUUAUACAGAAUAACUGAAAUAUACUCAAAAAACUCAAUGGCGUCAUAGUAAAACAAUUCCGUCUAGCAAUUUCUAUGCAGAAGUUCAUCAUUUUAAAAUGAUAAACUUCAAACAUGGUUAAAUGAUCAUUUAAAAUGACUGGUGUUUUAUUUUUUGUGAAAUACACGGUCAGUUUAAAAUGUUCAAAAAAAAAGGUUAUUGCAAAGUGCAAUUAUUUUUUCUUCUAAAGAAUUUUGUCAAAGUCUUUUAAAAUAUGGAAUGUUUUGAGUGUUUACUCCUAAAAUUGUCCGUGAUUAACUGAAUUUAACACUUUCUUUUUUCCCCAGGAUUUACCAAAUGCAAUGAAUGCUGCUGAAGUAACUGAUAAGUUGGGGCUUCACAAUAUACGAAACCGAAGUUGGUACAUCCAAGCAACUUGUGCUACAAGCGGAGAUGGUCUAUAUGAAGGACUUGACUGGCUUUCAAAUGAACUAGAGAAGAGAAAGAACUAAUGGCUGGCGAUAUAUCAUAGGAAUUAACGAAAAAGAAAAUUACAUGCACAGUCGUGAAUGACGCUGCUUUUCACAUAACA